CAACUCAAUUUUGACCAAGAUGCAAGCCUCACACACCACAGACAUCGCCGUUAUCGGCGCUGGUAUCGUGGGUUCGGCCCUGGGAUACUUCCUAUCUUCCUCCGGAGACGUCGGCAAAAAGAUCGUGUUGAUUGAUCGUUCUUUCGCACCCUUGAAGGGUUCCACCGGCCAUGCACCUGGAUUUGUUGGCCAGUACAACGAAUCGGAGGUCCUGACCCGUCUGGCUCAGGAUACGGUCCAUGAGUACAGAAAGAUCCCCGGUGGAUUUGACGUGGUCGGGGGCCUCGAGCUGGCGACUAGCCCUGCAGGAGCGGAGCGUCUGAAACAGCGACAUGACUCGGCCAAAAGAGCUGGUCUCCAAGCUGAGCUCCUCUCAUCCGAACAAGCAACCAACAUGGCCCCUGCCUUGAUCAAGGGAGAGUACACCGCCGCGUUGCACUUUGCUGGCGAUGGUGCUGCCAACGCCAUCAGAAUCACUACCUUCUUCCAAGAUGAGGCACGGGCGAGGGGCGUGCAACUCCUUCAAGCGGAUGCCACGAAGGUUCAACAAGCCAACGGCCAGGUGGAGGGUGUGAUGACUACGGCUGGAUUCGUCCAGGCAAAGACGGUCAUCAUCGCGACUGGCAUCUGGGCUCCAGAGCUCUGCAGCUUCCAGACUCCCAUUCCUAUUGUCCCUGUCGCGCAUCCCUAUAUGUACGGGAGGUACCAUGAGUUGAGCGAACACAAAGCCCCUUGGGUCAGAUGGCCUGAGCACCACGUCUAUGCCCGUGAUCACGGUACCUUCUAUGGGCUAGGCUCCUACGACCACCCGCCACAUGCGCAGCAGCCGACCGAGACGGCCAUCGGAGACUGGAUUGAAGAUUUCAGCGCAACAUUGGAUACCGCUAUGAAAUUCAUCCCGGAGUCGACAAAUCUGGAGAUUAGGGAGAAGUUCAACGGUAUUUUCUCGAUGACGCCAGACAACAUGCCACUCGUGGGAGCUGUUGCUGAGGUGGCUGGGCUGUACAUGGCUGCAGCUGUUUGGGUGACUCAUGCAGCUGGGUCGGCCAGAUUCUUGACAAAACUGAUGAAGGGAGAGGCUGUUGAUAAUACCUUGAAGGAAGCUUUGGAUCCCAACAGAUUCCAGGGACGCGAGAUGAAGGAGUUGACACAGGAGUCUUUGGAUGGGUACAACCAUAUCUAUAAGACCGUUGCAAGCUCGGAAUGAGCCCCGAUGUAUGAUAAUGAUUUUAGCGCCUAUCACCAACAAUGAUACUUUCUC